AAAAACGGACACAGAGAGAGAUAGAGAGAUAGGCGUCUAUAUAAACAGGCGGCGGCGUGCAUCGGAAACAGGAGUUCAGACAAUGAGCUGAGUUUGACGGUGGGGUUGAUAGCCUACCGAUUUGAAUCAUUGAAACCAGGUCAUCGGAGAGUUAAAAGUUCGGUGAUCGGAGAUUUGCUGGUGAGGCUGACCGAGAUAGGAAGCUGUGUGUUUGAUGAUAUUUUGUCGCUGUUGUGUAGAGAGAGAAAGUUGAAAAAGUUUUGCUGCAAAAAUGAACGGGAAUGGAUACAGCAGUGCUGAAGCAGAGUACAUCCGGAAGCAUCACAGGCGCGAGCCAGCCGAGAAUCAAUGCAGUUCGGCUAUCCGCAAGCAUAUCAAAGCUCCUGUGCAUCUCGUUUGGUCUUUGGUGAGGAGGUUUGAUCAGCCACAGAAGUACAAGCCAUUUGUGAGCAGAUGUGUUGUGCAAGGAAAUCUUGAGAUUGGGAGCCUAAGAGAAGUUGAUGUCAAGUCAGGCCUUCCGGCCACUACGAGCACAGAAAGGUUGGAACUUCUUGACGAUGAAGAGCACAUUCUCAGCAUCAGAAUCAUUGGUGGGGAUCACAGACUCAGGAAUUACUCUUCAAUCAUUUCCCUCCAUCCAGAGGUCAUUGAAGGAAGACCAGGGACUCUAGUGAUUGAAUCGUAUAUAGUAGAUGUGCCUGAAGGGAACACCCAGGAUGAGACCCGCUACUUCAUUGAAGCAUUGAUCAAAUGCAAUCUCAAAUCUCUUGCUGACGUUUCAGAGAGGCUUGCUGUUCAAGAUAGGACUGAGCCAAUUGAUCGGAUCUAGAAGUGGGGCUGGGCGGUUAUGGUGGAGGCUGCCUUACCAUGGAUGAAGUUUCUUCCAAGCCUUUUGACAUUCGGAAGCUUUUGGGACGGACUGGUAGUAGCUGUCUUUCAUCUUGCAUCCUCCUUUUUACUUUCUUCAUUAUAUUCUCCGUCUUAGUUUUGAAGUUAUGCUGGACUUGUGUUAGUAUCUCAAGAAUCACAAGUCUUACAAAGGUUUCUAAACACCACCAUCAAUGAAAAGUAAAUGAAAGGCUAGGUCCUUCUUUCUCAUUGUCUCGGAUUUUGGCUAUGGAGAGGUGUGGUAUGCCUUCACCGUGAUGCAAAGAGUUGGUGUUUGUCAUACUGUUUUCCAUGUACUUAUUAGCUGUAGAUUUUAGUUGUUAAUAAAGUGUGGGAAAAGGUGAUUUUAUGGGCUGGCGAUGUAUUCUUUUUUGUAGGCUUGUAAUUUCUUUGUGUUUCGACGCUGCAAAUAAUCGUCACUUAUUAGUAAUGUUAUAUAUCAUGUAUUGAGGAUAAAUCAUUGAGG